AUGAAUUCUCCUAUGACUGCUUCCGAAAAAAAGAAUACUCAACGCAUCAAGCAAAGAGUGAUCCUCCUUUAAGAAUCCCUCACUUAAACAAUGAAGGAAAUAGAAUAAAUUCGCUAAUACAUCUACGGUGAAAAAGAAUCUAUAGAAGACUAUUUCUACGAGCAAGACUUGCUAGUCCUUUGCAAUGAUUUGACUUAGGGCAAAAAGACCAAUGCAUAUGUACUUUACUUACAAUAAGUUAAAACAAAGUUUGAAAUAUUUUCUCUUGUUUUCCAAGAAAUAUUGAGCUUAGAAAAUAAAGAGACUCUAUCAUCAAAAACCUUUAGACAAACAAGCAAAAUUCACUAAAAACUUCGUUAAUAUUUUAACUACGAAGUACUCGAUAUUCCAGAUGAAUUCAGUCCUUGA